AUGCAAACCGGCAACAGGGACCCGUCCCAGGCAAACCAGCAACCCAGGGACCCGUCCCAGGCAAACCGGCACCCAGGGACCCGUCCCAGGCAACCUACGCAGGCACCAGUCCCAGGCAAACCGGCCCCAGGGACCCGUCCCAGGCAAACCGGCAACUCCAGGGACCCGCAAACCGGCACCCAGGGACCUGUCCCAGGCAAACCGGCAACCCAGGGACCCGUCUCAGGCAAACCUGCAACCCAGGGACCCGUCCCAGGCAAACCGGCGACGCAGGGACCCGUUGCAGGCAAACUGGCGACCACAGGACCCGUCCCAGGCAAACCAGGCAACCCAGGGACCCGUCCCAGGCAAACCGAACCCAGGGACCCGUCCCAGGCAAACCAGCAACCCAGGGACCCGUCCCAGGCAAACCAGCAACCCAGGGAUCCGUCCCAGGCAAACCGUUGCAAACCGGCAACCAGGGACCCGUCCCAGGCAAACCAGCAACCCAGGGACCCGUCCCAGGCAAACCGGCAACCCAGGGACCCGCAAACCGGCGACCCAGGGACCUUCCCAGGCAAACCGCAACCCAGGACCUGUCCCAGGCAAACCGGCGACGCAGGGACCCGUCGCAGGCAAACCAGCAACCCAGGGACCCUGUCCCAGGCAAACCGGCGACGCAGGGACCCGUACCAGGCAAACCGGCAACCCAGGGACCCGUCCCAGGCAAACCAGCAACCCAGGGACCCGUCCCAGGCAAACCGGCAACCCAGGGACCCGUCCCAGGCAAACCAGCAACCCAGGCACCAGUCCCAGGCAAACCGGCAACCCAGGGACCCGUCUCAGGCAAACCGGCAACCCAGGGACCAGUCCCAGGCAAACCUGCAACCCAGGGACCCGUCCCAGGCAAACCGGCAACCCAGGGACCCGUCCCAGGCAAACCGCGAAGGGACCCGUCCCAGGGUUGGGACAGUUGCCGUGACAGGAGGUGUGUUUUGGGUUGGAGGCCCCGGGCUGACCCGUAACCCCAAAUCCACCUCGGUGUGUAUUGUCCAGUUGGUCUUUCCAUUGACAUUGGAGCCCCAACAGCAACCUGAGUCACUACAAUGA